UAAACCCAAAUUCCCAUAUUUUCUCAAUAUCCAAUCCAUUGUUUCUCUCCGUGCGAAGUGCUAUAUAUUCAAAUUUAUAAACCCACAAUUUCCCCAAUCCUUCCAUGUGCAGUCUCCAAGAAACUGAUUCAUUUCAGUAAAAAAUAAUAGAAAAAACUCCAUUAAAUCCUCUCUCUGUUUCUCUGUUUCUUCAUCUUUCUCUGUUUUAUGGUUGUUAUGUUUCACGACAGUCGGUGGACGACCAUGACUCAGUCUUCGACUCAGUGGACUCGGUCGGAGGACAAGCUUUUCGAGGAGGCUUUGGUGGUGGUACCGGCGGACUUGCCUGAUCGGUGGCAAAGGGUCGCCGACCUUGUGCCUGGAAAGUUGCCGAGGGAGGUUAAAGAUCACUAUGAGGCUCUGGUUUAUGACGUCCUGGAAAUUGACUCUGGUCGAGUUGAGUUGCCGAGUUAUUCUGAUGAAUCGGCGGUGGGUUCGCCGGAAUGGGACUCUUCUGGACAGAUCUCUUUUGGAUCCAAGGCUAAGCCUGGUGGGGACAGCGAGAGGAAGAAGGGGACGCCAUGGACCNUUGUGUUCUUCAAUAUCAAGUUUUUGAGCAUUGGCCUAAAAGCUAAAUCCAAUAGUUGCUCUAGUUUUCAACUUUUGCCCCCUAUGUUUCGAGAUCUGUUGCUGCGAUUGAAGCUUGAAUUUCGGAGACCAAUGGGAGAAACGAAGCAGCGAGUAUCAAACGAUGUUCAUGUUACUCUAGGCCUUUCUCGCUCUUUGGUUAGUCUUCUGAUGCAAAGUUAUGUUUGGCAUUAUGACAGGCUAUUCCUCCUUGGACUGAAAAAAUUCGGUAAGGGUGAUUGGAGGAGCAUCUCAAGGAACGUAGUGAUCACAAGAACACCAACUCAAGUAGCUAGCCAUGCUCAGAAAUACUUUCUCCGACAAAACUCCGGGAAGAAAGAAAGGAAACGAUCAAGCAUUCACGACAUCACUACAGUUGACAACAACUCCGCCCCUAUACCUUUCGACCCGAAUUGGAUAUCCCCAGUUCCCAACCCAACCAUUCAAUCAAGUAUGCAGCAGCAGCUAAGCCCCACAGGUCAUUUGCAAGACCAAGGAGGUGCACUCCAAACUUACAGGUUCCCGAUGUAGGGAUCGACACAAUAUGGAUAGAAACUACUGAAAACAUUAUUGCAAUGUAAAUACACCGACGAAUGUGUAAAGGCGUUGUAACGUACCUGGGGAGGUUUGUUGUUUUGGUUGCCACAGUUUAGGGGAAGCUGAUGAUAUGGAAGUUUGAACAGUAGUAGGAUCCUGUUUGUAAGUAAAAUAGAAGAAAGCAAAAGGAUUAGCAGUGUUAGUUACUUAGUUAAUGUAAAAGAAAGAAGAAAGGCGUGGGGUUAGGAAAGGAAAACACAGGAUAUGAAUGGAAAAUUCUUUUGUUGGAUUGUGAGUAUUCCUGCAACCAAAUUUUGGUGCAGGAUGCUUUACUUUCAUUCAUGAGAUGACUGUUUUAUAAACAUUAUUCAGCAGACAACAUCGUUUUAAG